CCUUUCGUCUUCGUUAUGCAGGUUGGUGAGCGUUUCAGCCUCUUUGCUAAAAAGUCUAACAACUACUUCUUAGUACAGCUGCCAAGCCCACAGUGCCUUAACGCUGUUCUUGCUGAUUGUUUUCAUGUCGUUUUUUCGCUGUUACUCCUACUUUCCGGUGAUAUAGAAACUAACCCCGGUCCGGAUAAUGCAGCUAUCCUCGCAGAGCUAAAGAAGAUAUCUACUGGCCAGUCCAAGCUUAUUUCUGAGGUUCAAGAUCUGAAAUCUCAGUUAUUAGCGACAGACAGAAAUGUAUCUGACCUCGGCAAACGAAUGGCCGUACUUGAGAGCCAUUACGAAAGCCUUAAAACACUUAAAACAGACACAGAAGUUCUCCGCGCCGACGCAACUAAAGCUACUCGCUCAAUUUCAAAACUGGAGGCACGUUUUGAUGAUGCGGAAAACCGAACGCGACGGAACAACUUGGUAUUCUACGGUAUCCCUGAAACUACACCUGAAUCGUACGCACAAUCAGAACAACUUAUCAUUAAACAUUGCCGCGAGCAUUUAGAUAUACACAUCGACACAAAAGAGAUAGAGCGCGCCCAUCGUCUCGGACGUCAUUCGAACGACAAACCCCGUCCAAUAAUAACAAAAUUCACAUUUUUCAAAACAAAAGAAACUGUCCUGUCGAGCGCCCGGAAACUAAAAGGUACCAAUUAUAGUAUUGGCGAAGAUUUUUCUCGUGCAGUUCGAAUUGCUCGCAGCCAGCUCGUUGCAUUUGCCAGAAAGCAAUCUGCCCCAUUUAAUCUGCGCUACAAAACAUUGCACAUCGGACCGAAGCGCUACGUGUUUGAUAGCGUAUCUGAAACUGUAAGAGAAGUGCUAUAG